AUGUCUUCUCAAGGCUUUUGGAACCGUCUAACCGACAAUUCCGACCAACUCCCGGUCAAAUUGAGCUUCUACAACACCUUGUUCUUGGUGCUGGUAAGUUCCUUCGACAUUUUCCGUUCUAUUUUUAGUUGGGAAUAUGCAUUUGCGGACUCUACGCACUGUUUCAAAUGUUGCACAUGUUCCUCACACCCAUUUUGUGGGCUGUGCUGGUGGGAACUGUGCUGUUCCCGCUGAAGCGAGGUGUCUCGAGUAUUUUUGGGGGUAGGUUUUGACAGUUUGGCGCAUUACCAUCUGUGCUCAGCUAUUUAUUUGCUGUUUUUGGAUAUCAACACCUAGUACAAUAUAAAUUUGAUCAGAAAAUUUAAUUUUUGUUUGGUUUUUGAUUGAUCUUUCUUUAUCAGGUAUAAUGAAGUGUAUGCUGAAUGUCUGAGUAGUCUGGGGUAUUAUUACUUUGAUUUAGUCGUCUUUCUUGAGAUUUUUGAGAUCAAUGUCUAGAAUAAUAUAAAUGUGUCAAAAAAUAAGGUUUUUUGAUAAAAUUAUUGUAUGAUCCUUGUUUCCGAGGUGUAAUGAACUAUUUACAGGCUGGCUGAAUCGCUUGGACGAGCAAAACACCCCAUUUUUGAUUGGAAUCGCGCUCCUUCCGCUGAAUGCCUUCAACUGGGCUGCUGAUACGGUUUAUAACACUGCGUUUAGGUAAGUUUUCUUUCUUUGUUUUUAUUUUCCCUUCCGUUUUUAGUCCUCACGGCUACUACUAUCUCGGAGCGUACGUUUCGAUCAAGAUCCUUAGCUAUGGCGGGACGUUUGUUUGGAUUUUGGGCGCCGUUGGGAGCUCCUAUUCGCUUUGUGAUGAAGUUCUGGCAUUCCUCAACCAACGAACUGUCCGAAUGUUGGUCACCGUGUACGCCGUCACGUAUGCCGCCUGGAUUUUUGUUCAGGACUACGAGAGUUUGCAUAAGAAGAAGAAAUUUGCGAGAACUUUGUCCUUGCCCAUCUGGUAAGUAUAGGGUGCUUUUGAAGUGUGAUAUCUCGUCGCUAGAAGAGUAGUUUACGGUGGUUUAUGUAUCAAAACAAAGCUAAUGAGUCGAAGGAGAUAAGGAAAUUUUGAAAUGUCAAAACAACUUACCCUGAGGGCAUGUUUUUUACUAAUAUCUGUUUAUUUGAUUUUUGAUGGUUUGAAGUGUAAGAUAAGCGUAUAUUUUGUUGAAAGGCAUGAAUUAUGGGGAGUUAUAUGUCUUGAAAGAUAGCCAAUGUCAUGAUGUGGAAUAUAAUCUUUCGAAAUUUAAAAUUUUUUUGCCCUGAGGGCAUUUUCUUGAAUUUUUUUGGAAAUAUCCGGGAUUUUUUGUCUUAUUGGUAAUAUUUCGAAGAUUGGGUUUUGAAAUUAUUUUCUUUCGAUAUUUUUAGUCAUACAGUGACUUGUGGUUGUGAUAUAAAACACAUUGAUCACAUUUCAGGAUUGUCGUUUUGGCCUACUGCGCCGAUUUCUGCGGCCCACUCCGGGUCCUGGUCUUUGCUUGUUCCGCCCUUUCUCUCGGCCUCAUUUCAGCUGGCCUGAUCGGUCGACACAUCGGAAAUGGCGGUACUUUGGAUGACUCUCUGUUGGCGAACGAGAAUUCCGCAGAAACUGAGGAGAUCGUCAAAGAAAAAGAGGAAAUUUUGGAGACCGAAGGGGUGCAGGUAAAAUAAUUUCAAAAAUUGAACUUUUAUAUAAAACUUUUCUUACAAGGGAAGUCACUUUUUUCGCAGACGGACUUUGGAACGGGACCUAGUAGGUUUCAAACGUGAAGCGUCUGCGAUCAUAAAACUGAUUUCCAAAAGUGUUUACGGGGCUUCUCGGCCUAGAAAAUCGACCACAAAGUUUAGCCGAAAUGAGCGAAUAGCCUCCUGAAAAGAAACAGCUUAUUUCAUCUGCAGUGGUGGCCGAGUGGUCAGCGCGUUCGCUUUUUGCGCCAGAAGACGUGAGUUCGACUUCGGUCGUCUGCGGAUGCAUUUCUUUUGACAAUUGAAUCAAAUAGAGAGAUGCCGUUAACAUCACAUAUCCUAAUUAUUAGCAAUUUUUAAUAAAACACAAAUUUAGAAAGUAUAUCUUCAUCAACCCAGCCCUGUUUUGACUUUACAAUAUUCAUGAACAUUCAGCUUUGAAUUUAUGUUUAAAUUACUGUAAAAAAUUACAAAAGUGUAUACAUUCAAUGUUUACAUACUAAAUCAAUAUUUACGAACCAAAAAAGAAAAUAAACUGCGCAAGGGAUCGAACCCGCCUCUUCUGGCGCAAAAAGCGAGCGCGCUGACCACUCGGCCACCACUGCAGAUGAAAUAAGCUGUUUCUUUUGAGGAGGCUAUUCGCUCAUUUCAGCUAAACUUUGCGGUCGAUUUUCUCUGCCGAGAAGCCCCGUAAACACUUUUGGAAAUCAGUUGUAUGAUCGUAGACGCUUCAGGUUUGAAACCUACUAGGUCCCGUUCCGAAGUCCGUCUGCGAAAAAAGUGACUUCCCUUGUUAGGUAAAGCCAAAUUUGGAGGCGGAGGAGCAGAAAAAGGCCGAGGAAAGCCGCGUGGACCAUUUGAUCUCCAGCGACACACACCUGAGAAUCAUCAGCGCACUGUGCGUUUUGUUGUUCGCUGCAAGACAUGAUUGGGUGGUGCUGGUAAUAUUUCUUCUCAUGAUCCUCGGAAUGCUCAAGAAUGGAGGUGAGUGGGUAAAAUAUGCAAAUUUUAUUCAAUUGGAUGAUUUAAAAAAGUUUUUUGAAGUCUUAUGCCUAGUGUAAUAUAAAUUGUUGUUGUGUGGACAUGGAGAGCUAGUGAAAUAGUCUGAUUUAGUUUUAUAUCACCUAUUUUUCCAGCUGAACGUACCGGAGCGACAGAAUCAGUCCAACAAACUGUUGCCGGGAUCUGCGGACGGUUCAAGGAUAACAUCAAUAAGUUGAUUAACAUUGUUGUGGCUGGCUCACUGCGCAAAUUCAUCCAUAUCCUCUUUACUAGCGAUAAAUAUGUAAGCGAAUAGACUUUUUUAUUUUUUUCCCGAUUUUUUUUUGUCAUGGAUAAUAUAUUUUUAAAAUUUUUUUUAUGGAUUUUAGAUUAUCAGCAGUCUCAAAUCGAAAGUCGAGCUGAUCAGCUCGAUUGUGGUGAUGAUUAUCCUGGCUUUUUCUCUUUUCUUCUUUGCUAUUUUUACCAUUUUCCAAGUGCACGCCGAAACCGUUCAUCUGGCCAAAUUGGCCACGAAUGUGGUGUCCUCAAACCCUGAGUGGCUUCGAACUGCGCUGAAUUAUACGGACAAACAAAUUGCGGACAAUAAUAUCGAUGACUACAUCGAGGAAGUAAGUUUUACGGGCUGUAGACUGCGAGGGACAUUUUAUACGAUAAAAUUCGUCAAAAAACGAUUGAAAUUUGGUGUUUACUCUGUUUAAAAUGGUGAGAAUAUAUGAAAAUAGAGUAAUCAGAUCUGGUUUCGACGGAUUUCAGACGAAAAUUGAAAGGGGACAUGUUAUACGAUGAAAUGUAUCCAAUGUAGAUUACUGUAUUUUGAUGGUUAAUAUGGGGCGUGGAGGGUUUUAGAGAGGGUGUCGAUACCUUUUGUUGUAUUUUGCUUUGAUUUUGAUCAAAAAUUUCACAUUUCCUAUGAAUUUUUAUAUGAUUUUAGGGAUUCCUCCAAGGCCGCUUAUGGUUAGCCUCGAAUAUCCGGAAACUCGCUGACCCCAAGGACACCAAAAGAGCGGACGAGCUUGAAGAACAGGCUAAGCUGAUUGUCGACAAUUUGUAUCGAAUGUGGGAGGAACGGCAGAUUCAAAAUGCGACGGAUGCACUAACUGAUCGUCCAGACAUUGUUUCUCAACUCAUGUCGGCUUCGAAUCUGGAGUCCCUGAAGCAUGAACUCACGAUUAUCAUCAAAGCCAAUAUUGAGACGGUUUUGAGCGUAGGUUUGGUUUUUUGAGGGCUUUUUUUAUUAUACAUGAGGUCAGGUUGAGAUGGAUAAAAAGUGGUGUGUUUUAGUAUUGACUUUGAGAUUUUUGGAUUGUUUGACGUAGUGAAACUUAUAUUUUUUGGCUGUAACAGCGUGGAGUUUGAAAAUUUAAAGGUGGUUCGGGUUUCGACCUUAUUUUAGAUAUCAAUGUCAUGAAUAAUAUAAUUGUGAAAAAGUAGAUAAAUUAGCCUGAGUAUAGGAUUGAAUUAAUGUCUUAAAUACAGAAAAAUUUCCAAGGAACUGUAAAAGUAAGGGGGUUCAUAUUUUUAGAUCGCGCAAUCCCUCUGGACAGUCGUUUUGCUCAACGUAUCCCUCCUGUCAAGCGUAUUUUUCUCGAUUUUCGGCCUAAUCCUCAACUUUGGCUUCGAGUUGCUGAACUUUUUCAUCGAAAUCAUUGUCUUCCUCACCGCUGUGUACUACUUGUUGGCCUCCAGCACCGACCAAUGGCUCCCAUUGCAUUGGAUUUCCCAAGCCACUCCGAAAUUACAAGGUCACGAUGGGAAAUUGAAUAUUGCCAAGGCAAUUGAAAGCGCGAUCAGGUAAAAUAUGUCAUAUUUAGCGGUUAUGGGAGUCUAGGAGGAAAAUUGAGUAAAAUAUUAGGAUUUUUUUACCUUUUUUUGGGGAAAAUACCAAAAAAUGUCAAGUGUAAGGCCGGCGAUUCAAGUUUUGUAAGUUUUUUCUAAUUUUAGCGGCGUGUUCGUCCUCUCAGCGAAGAUGUCGAUCUUCUACGGCCUCUACACCUACUUUGUCCACGUACUUUUCGGCCUGAAUAUCGUCUUCGUACCUUCGCGCAAGUUUAAUAUCCAAAAAAUUGGAAAAUAAAUUGUGGUUUUAGUGAUUGCUGCGGUCUUUGCCGCCGUCCCAAUUGUCCCACCGUACUCUGCCGCCCUCUUCGGACUGAUUGAAUUGUAUUUGGUGAGAGGAGAAGGGGCUGCCAGCUUCUUCUUCGCUGCCGCCAGCAUUGCGCCGCUGAUGUUCGCUGAUACGGCGUUUUACAGAGAAGUGAAGUAGGUGGAUUUUGGUGUUCUUGAAGUGAUAGAGGAUUAGGAAGGCAUAUAAGUUUGAGAUCGCGUUUGAAUUUUCAAAUUUCCGCCAAUAUUGGCAUUGUGUUUCAGGCGUGUUAUAGUGUCCGGAAGGCUGUAAUAAGGCAGAAUUAGGUGUUGUGGGGCUUGAUAGGACCUUAUUGGAUGCAAAAGUAGUAAUAAUAAGAUUUGAUAUUUUAAGGCUUGUCAAGAUGCCAGGGUUCACUUUAGCUACAAACAAAGCCUCCGAAUUGAUAAAAACUUGGUCAAAAAGGCAUUUGCGUGGUGUUGCGAUAAAAGUUCUGAGGGGUUUUUCGCCCUUACAAACGAAAAUUAGGCAGCUAAUUUUUACAUAUUUUGAAUGAGAAAAAUUUCGCGAAUUUUUUGAUAUAUGUCCCGAUCUGUAACUCCAUACCCCAUAAAAGUACUUCCCUUGUGAAAAAAGUUAACCCAAUUUCUGCAGAUCGUCCCAUCCAUACGUGACGGGUCUCGCCGUCAUCGGUGGAAUCAGCUGGAUCGGGCUGGAAGGCGCGGUGAUUGGUCCCAUCAUCCUCUGCUGCUUCCUCAUCCUCAUCGAAGUGUUCGUCGAGUACGCCAAGGAGAAGUAA